GCUUCUUCGAGAACUGCAGUGAAAGCAGGGUUUAAGGAACACAAUGGACUCUAAUGCAUGGUCUCUGUGUUAACACAAUUAAAAUGACAUGGAGGCAAAAUGAGACGAAAGAUACAUAGGUACGUUUAAGUACUUUCCUUUGCAAUGAGAUUUUGUGUCAUGCGUUUUGUUGCAUUAAUGCUGACUUUACAAUAUUGUAAGUCAUUAGAAUAACAAAAGCGCUGCCUGGAUAGGCCUUUCUGCCAACCGUAUAAAUACUGAGCAGUGUGUGAGCAUGAUACAUUCAGUUAGCUAGCGAGUUCACUGGAGAGCACAACAUGGGAAAGAUCAUCUUCUACGAGGACAGGAACUUCCAGGGUCGGCACUAUGAGUGCAGCACCGACUGUGCCGACCUGUCCUCUUACUUCAGCCGCUGUAACUCCAUCCGUGUGGACAGUGACUGGUGGGUGGCGUACGAGAGACCCAACUACAUGGGGUACCAGUAUGUCCUGAACAGGGGGGAGUAUCCUGACUACCAGCGCUGGAUGGGAUUCAACGACAACAUCAGGUCCUGUCGCACCUACCCACACUACCAGGGAGGCAACUACAGGAUGAAGAUUUACGAGAGGCCUGACUUUGGAGGACAGACGAUGGAAUUCAUGGACGACUGUCCCUCCGUCUACGAUCGCUUCCGUUACCGUGACAUUCACUCCUGCCAAGUGACGGACGGUUCCUGGAUCUUCUAUGAACAACCCAACUACAGAGGCCGACAGUACUUCAUGAGACCCGGGGAGUACAGGAAAUACAAUGACUGGGGCGGCUACAACUCCACCAUCGGGUCUUUCAGGCGCAUGAGGGACUUCUAGAAUGUUUCUGGAAAGCAUGUUGAAACUGUGGUCAACAUAAUAAAAUCAUCUUUAUUACACCA